CGCAUAUUGUCCGGAUGUCGUGCGCACCGACGAUAGCCAGGCGUCGGACUCGAAGAAUUCGUGGGGAUUGUCCACGAAAUGACCUGGGCCAGAAUGGGCUCGCCUACCAAGAUCGGAAGCCGCGAUAUUCUUGAACAAUGUGGCUCUAUCGUCGAACUCGCCUUCAACUUUUCCAAUCUCGCCUUUGCACGGUCCGCGGCCAACGUCAAUUCUUGGAGCUCUUCUACAGUCCCCUCGUGUCGCUUAACACGAUUCUCUGUCUUCUUUGCUGUACUGGCGGCCUUCUUUAACUCUUCUCGUAUACGAGAUAUUUCGAUUUUCCGGCGCUCGUUGUCUUUGACAUUGGCUGGUAGGGUCGGCAGCUUUACGACGUUCAACGGGAUGUCGGCCUCCCGCAUGUGCAUCAUCGGCAGUCGAUUUCGCAUUCGGCUCAGGAGUGUUGAUUUUUGCGGUGGCAGUAAUCUUAUUGGUUCGGGGACAUUGCCAGCUUCGUCGCGCAGUAGGAACAGGGCCUCCCGCAGAGCCUCCCAAUUCUUUCGACUAAGCCCAGUCAAAUCAACGAACGUCGCCAACGCCAUUUCGAAUGCGGUCAUUUGGACGGACUUGUUCUGUCGCGAUGGUACGAGAAUCGACGUGUCGCCCUCGUCGCGUGGGCGCCCAAAACCAGGACCCUCUUCUUCCUCUUCCGGCCGAGGCGCGUUGAUUUCGUCGAAAGGCUCAGACUCCACUGCGACAACGAUGUCUUCGUAAUCUUCAGCGCCUAACACAUCGUCAAGCGAUAUGCCGGACUGUGUUGCCUGUGCUAUGGCAUCCUCGAGGUCGCCGAUUCGGAGUUCAUCGACAUCAACGAGAGCUAGAGAUCAACUCUGACUCUGUCUCCCACUCUUGAUCGCUCGCUGGCGAUGGCGGUGCACUCGAUUCACCGAUCCAUUCGAUGCUUUGCAUCUCGUCGUCGCCCUCCUCGACCGGCUCCUCGACUGCGGAAUCGACGUUGCCAUAAUGACUCGGAGGAGAGGAUGCGGGGUCAGUCAUCAUAAUAUCCUGGCCAUAUUGUCGCUCGUCGGCUUCCUGAACUUCUUGAUCUUGGUCAUUGUUCUGCUGCUCAGGCAGGUCUUGAAUUUCCUCUGGGUCUGCGCUGCGGCGAUGUUUCCUGCCCGGCAGGCGAGGCUUGCGCCUGGGGAGAUCUCCCUGCUUCCCCAUUUUGGGUCGACGCGACGAUGAUACAGACUUCGAUCGGCGCCUGUGAGCAGUUGGAUAUUCCCAGUCUUGUCGAGUUAUUGAGAUGGUCUGAGCAAUCGGUCCGCGCUGAUAGUGGACCUGCGUCACCUACAUUUACCAUUCACUUGCACAUCGGCGAGCCGGCACCUCGACGAGCCGGCAAAGUAAACGCGACAAGACGAGACGAAACACGGUCCAAGGCAACAGAAUCUACACGCACCAUCCAUUCACCACCGGUGCCUUCAAGUGCCAUUCACUAACUUGACCGGCAUUCACCAGAGCAACGCACAAGCCGCGCCCACUUCCGCAAUAAAAUCUAUCAACUUCGCAAAAUCAAAACCCUCCGUCUUUACCUCCUCCAUCUCCAGACGUGUCUGCUGGCAGCAACAACAACAACUAGAUCUUCAAGUACUACGAUCUUCGCUAUCAUGGCAGACGACGACGAAGGCAUCCCCCCGCCUCCGUUGCGCACUGAAGGUGGUGCGGCUAGUAAACGCAAACACCAAGAGAGCGCGACGACCGAGCAUGUCCAAGCACCCGGUGCCUCGCAGUCGCCUGGUGUUCAACAACCGCAGCCAUCCGACACGAUGCAUGAGACUCCCGCAUCUGCACCGACAAACCAGUCGCCUGCUGAAGGCAGUGCCUCUGCCCCUGGCGUCGCGUCUAGCGGAAGAGCAUCAAGACGACACAGACAGCUACUACCCCGCACCCCAGCUGAACCAACGCGGCGCAAGCCCACCGCAUCGGGCUCAAUUCUGCGCGGUAGCAAAGAGAAGCACACCAUCAAUGAACUCCAAGAAGCCUAUCCCGGCGCAUUUCGCCCACUCAAGCGAUCUAGCUUCCUCAAGAUCGUAAAUCUCGACUUUCGCAUGACGAACAUUAAGUGGAAGCCCGACCCGACCAAUCCAUCAGACGACGAGUUGAACAAGAUGAAGAACCGAAUCGAUCCCCUCAAUCGAAAGAUUUUCUUCGUAUUCUGCUCGAAUGCCUUGUCUGCAUGCGUUGCCCACACCGUCUUUCCUGAUGUUCCGACAACAAGCGAGACUUUUCUUAGUCUAUACAUCUAUACAAUGGAACGGUUUGGCACAUACAAGCAAGAGAUGUUGUGGAACCGAUUCUACAAGACAGUCAUUGGCUGGGUCAGGGAUUUCAAGUCAGACUUUCGAUUUCACAUCGAAUAUGCCGACCUCGACAAGGAUGGAUAUUUCUACGACCACGACGUCGAACAUACCAAGAAGUGGGCAUAUGCCAGGCUAGACGAGUCGCUGUUUUCCUACCUAUUCUCUUUCAUCACACCCUAUCUUGACUGGGAACAGAAUUUCACGGAUCGAAACUCCCUUCGAUUCUUUUUCCUCAAGAAGGUGUACAUCGAAACACUACGAGAGGUAGCCCAAGUCUACAUGCUUGAACAGAGGAACAUGAUCAAGCAUGGCCGUGGCAAUGUCAAAUUCGUGCACAAAUCAUCGAACUGGUUGAAGUUGAAGGAUCCUCGUGCAAAGGCCUCGUCUACAUUCGAAAAUCUGUCCGUUCACCCCGACUUUCGUAAAGUCGAAUUGAAUACGUUCAUUUGGCGCGAAAAUGUGCCUCUUUUGACACCAGCUGUCGAAGCUCAAUUCAAUCCUACCGCAUUCUGGGAGCAACAUGGCACAUCGCACUCCCCUCCUCCCGAGGCAUCAUCUCCAUCGAGUGACAGCAGCUCUCCGGAUGCAAUGCCUGUGGGAAGCGGUGCAUAUCUGGACCUUGCGACGACGACGACCAAUGUCGAGGAUGAUCUCUACGGAGUGUCAGAUGACGACGAAGUUAGAGGUGUCGAUGUUCCAGAUCCUUUCGAUGACGAGAUGUUUGUUCAACAGGACGAAUCCCAACCACAGCCACCCAAGCGAGCACGCUUCAAGUCGCCGACUCCGGACCCCCCGCCACCCGAGUCGUCCGGGAAAAAGCGACCGUUAGAAGCAUCGUCGCAGGGACAUUCACUGGUCAUAUCGAAGGAUCAGCACAGUGCAAUCAUGGCUUGGCUGAAUGAACAAAUGAUGGAUCCUGAAAUGAGACCACAAAAGACAAUGCUGCUCAAGCACAUUGAGGUGCUUCGAGACACGGCCCGCAAUUUCGACGAUUUCUUUAUGGGGUUGAAGCGCCAUGCACAGCACUUGAAGAACACUCCAUUCAAGCCCCCGCCGCCCGGAAAGACGAUGGAACUUCCACCGACUAAGCCGAUGACGAUUACACCAAUUCCCGCUCCCACAUUCCCGAUGCCAAAGCCUAAGACUGCUCCCGCUCCCGCUCCCAGCAUCGAAUCUAUCAAAGCGGUCAAGGAAACUCCAAUACCUCCUCCCAGUAUUGGACCAUACAAGCCAAAGGCGACCCCGGCUACCGAACUUCCUAUUGCCGACAAACCCAUCGCCGACAAACCCAUCGCCGACAAACCCAUCGCCGACAAGCUCCCGCGUAUCUUUGUCCCGUCGGCAAAAACCCCAGAAGAUCGAGCUAUUUUCAACAAAGUUGUAGCAGACAUCAAUGCCACCAAAAAGUUUCUGUUCGAGCAUGGUCGACACGCACAACUACAAGAUGCAGUCGAUUUCAUCAACGAACAAAACCAAGAUUCCAUCGACUGGACAACGCGGGGAAAGAAUAUCUUAGAGUUCCUCAAGGAACUACGAGAGUCAACGAUCCCACGCGUCAAGACCGAAGACGAUCAAAAAUGGCACGACAAACUGCAACAGAAGCUGAUGGAAGCUAGGCAACGUUUCCCAAGGGAUUCAAAGGAGGAAAAUAGGAUCAACGAAUUUAUGCUUCAACAAGUCAAAGCCAACGGAAAUAACUGGUCUGCAUUUGCCUCUAACACCAUGCAGUUCAUUGAUUGUGAGAUUCUACCUCUACCGACCAAGCCAGAGCCGAGGUUUGUUCUUGUCGAGUCAUCAAGCUCCGAGUCAAGUUCCGGAUCCGAAUCAGAGGUCGUGUCGCCCAAACCAGUGUCGCCCGCCCCCAUGUCGCCCAAACCAGUGUCGCCCAAACCUCCAACGUCGCCCGCCCUAAUCGGUUCGCCUCCAUCGCCCAAGACAGAUGCUGAGAUACAGAAGCAUACAGAGGCUAUACAAGAGCUCGAGUUAUUGCGGCGUAGCUUCAGCAGUGACAUUCGCAUUCAAUUGGACGAAUAUGUCGAUUCUCAGUACGACAAUCACGACAUCGAUUGGGUUGUCCGAGGCGACAAUAUCCUCCGAUAUCUUCGUCGACUAUGCAAGAUUUCUACCCCGCCGCCCCCGCCUACGGCCCAGGAAAAGUAUGAAACUCUAUACUCCGAAUCGCUCUAUGAUUUCCAAGCCAGCGAUAUGCCCGAGAGAUUCGUCGAUGAAUUGAAGGCUCAAAAGGAUUUGGUCGACAAUUCUACUGAUGCUGACCUUCAGACAUGGGAAGCAAAGACUGGGUACAUCGACUACGCCUAUCGUAGAAUCAAGGCGUCGUUUUUCGAUGAAAAAGAGGCAGCGGAAAAGAAAGAGCAGGAGCAUCGUGAUGCCGUGGCCGCGCAAAAGAUAGCAGAGGACGAGGAGAAAAUGAAGAAGGCGGCCGAGGAACAUCGUCGUCGUCGUCAAGCAGAGGAGGCCAGGAAGAAGGAAGAUGCUGCCCUCGCACAAUCGUACCGCCUAUCUCCCAUACCCGACUCGUCGCCGAACAAGGCCAUAUCGCCAUUCAAGCACUUCGAGCACCGGCCAAGUCCACACCAAAGCCCAGUCAAACCACUACCCAUUCCCCUACCCAUACCGGCUAUCAACGCACCCGUGGCCACGAGUACUCCACAGAGACAGCUUCGACCCAGGCCUUCUUUCACUAUGGAGACUGCCGCAUCAAGAGCUCGACAAGUCAGCCAGGAAUCUACCCCAGCACCAGCAUCUACACUCAGAAGGACCGCAUCUACCCGCGGCUCACUUAGAGGCAGGGCUCGCCAGCAGGCAUCCGCUACUCCUGACCCGAACCGUAUGAGCACACGGUCCCAAUCUCGUACUUCCGGUGCUGCUGCUGCCAAUAGCCCGCCCGCCGACACACCUCCUGGCCAUGCUAGAGGCGGCCGGGAAACAUCGCGAGGGCGCGGCAAGAGGGGUGGCCGUGGUGCUCGGUCCAAUCAUCACCAUUACGAUGAUUUCGACUUUGAGGAUCUGAUUGCUGACGAGUCAAUUGAUCCUCUCGAUUUCUACCAAGAGCGCAUUACCCUCUACCGUGCCGGUUACGUCUAAGCCGAUCAUUGUCUCGGUAGAACAUAUACCAUCUACCACCAUUGCACCUGUCACGAUUACUGUCACCAAGACUACCUCUAUUAGGCCCGAUGUCUUGCUUCUAUAGUGCGAAUGAAAAUAACGGAUUGUCCAA